AUGGCGGAUGUCGAGUUGAACGUCGACAACCUGAUACAAAGAUUGUUGGAAGUAUACCACACGCAGAAAGACCAGGUUCAGAAGAAAGCCAAGCUAAAAGAUAUUUUCUCGUCGGAUUUUGUCGUCCGAGGAUGCCGGCCAGGAAAGACCGUCUUAAUGUCGGAGGGCGAGGUGCGCGGCCUUUGCCUCAAGUCGCGGGAGAUUUUCCUUCAGCAGCCGAUCCUGCUCGAGUUGGAGGCGCCACUUAAGAUCUGCGGCGAUAUUCACGGCCAAUACACCGACUUGUUACGACUGUUCGAAUAUGGCGGUUUCCCGCCAGAGGCGAACUAUUUGUUCCUUGGCGACUAUGUAGACAGGGGCAAGCAAUCGUUAGAAACGAUAUGCUUGUUGCUCGCCUAUAAGAUUAAAUAUCCAGAGAACUUCUUCCUAUUGCGGGGCAAUCACGAGUGUGCGAGCAUAAACAGGAUAUAUGGCUUCUACGACGAGUGCAAGAGACGGUACAAUAUUAAACUAUGGAAGACGUUCACCGAUUGCUUCAACUGUCUACCAAUCGCCGCUAUUAUCGACGAAAAGAUAUUUUGCUGUCAUGGUGGACUCAGUCCUGACCUUCAGAAUAUGGAACAAAUCAAAAGAAUUAUGCGACCGACAGAUGUACCUGAUACUGGCCUUCUCUGUGACUUGUUGUGGUCUGAUCCGGACAAAGAAGUGCAGGGGUGGGGUGAAAAUGAUAGAGGUGUAUCUUUCACAUUUGGCCCGGAUGUGGUGUCGAAGUUUUUAAAUCGCCAUGAUAUGGAUUUAAUAUGUAGAGCACAUCAAGUAGUCGAAGAUGGCUACGAAUUCUUUGCGAAACGACAGUUGGUUACCCUGUUUUCCGCUCCAAAUUAUUGCGGAGAAUUUGACAAUGCUGGAGGAAUGAUGAGCGUCGACGAAACUCUAAUGUGCAGUUUUCAGAUUUUAAAACCAUCAGAGAAGAAAGCUAAAUACCAGUACUUAAGUUUGAACACGGGUCAAGCAACGAGACCAUCUACACCACAAAGGAAUCCAACCAAAAAGAAAUGACAGCCUUGUACUCGGUUUUUCCUUCAGUUAAGGAAGCUCGUCGACAAGGCGACAAAAUUUUUAUUAAGGCGCGAACAUUAAGAGCAUAACAUUGUACGAUAUGUUCUAUCACUAACUAGCGGUUAUGCCAAACAGAUGAAAAGAAAACAAAACAAAAAAAAAAAAGAAAAAAAAAGAAAAGAACGGGUGAGACACGUAGUGGUGUUUGAUUGUCGGGAAUUAUUUGUGAUCGUUAAAGACUUUUAAAAAAGGCAGUUUUAAUUCUUUUCUCCGAGUAUGAUUUAAAUCUAGCAUUUUAAGUAAUUAUUAUUAUGUUGACUGAUUAGUGAUUUAAAAGUAAUCGUGUAUCGGUAGAACUCGCCCGAGUGUGCUUGUUAUGAAAAGUUCAAAAAGCAACAAAAACAAGAAAAAAGUUCUGACUUCGCUAAUGCUUUUUCGUGAGUAUUACUUUUCAUGUUUUGGCAUGAAGACGUUAAAAGGAAAGCAUGUAAAAUUUCUUUCUUUCCUGUCGUAUAAUUUAAUCAGAGAUAAAUAAUGUAGUAAUUAAAAGUGACAUUUUUUUUUUCAUUCAGUUUAAAUCAACGAUCACUUCCGUGUUCUCUGGAAAAUUAUUUACAUAAUAUAUCUUCCAGAUGUGAGUGAUCCUUUUAUUGCCAUUAGCGUUUAAAAAGAAUUUCGACAUUCUCAUUUCGACUAUUUAUUGCUUCCAUGUUAAAUGUUCAGUGUAAUUAUUAGACAUUGCUGAGUAUUCUUAAUAUUCCUCUUACUAUUAUUGCCAUUGCUUUACAGCUGAUUUGAUUAUUGUUUAAUGAAACGCGUUUAUCAUGUACAUAG